AUGGAUUUCGCAAAAGAAUUAGUGUUAAGAAUGCGGCAAAAAAAUAAAUCGCACGUAGGGUAUGGCUUGCAAACUGAAAGUGAAGCAUUAGUAGGUCAUAUUCUACAAAAUAUGGCCAAAUCACCGAUGCCGUCUUUUAAAACUGAUAAAAAAAAUGAAAAAGAUUGUUUGCGUUAUCGCGAUGAAGGAAAUCAGCAUUUUGUAGCUGGAGAUGAUCAAGAAGCAAUAAUAAGCUACACCCGAUCUUUGGCUUACGCAAACACGCAUCAAUUAAUGGCAAACGCUCGUGCAAAUCGUUCAGCAGCUUUAUACCGAAAAAAAAUGUACAAAGAGUGUAUUAUUGAUAUUCAGGCGGCUCUGGAACUUGGCUAUCCCGAAGACAAGCGUAAAAAGUUACAAGAAAGAGGCUUGAAGGCUAUGACUAAAUUAAAUCAAGACAAAGACAAAGACAGAGAAGACAGUGAAGACAGCAAAUCAGAUGAAGAUCAUCAAAACGGAACGAAUGGUAUCGAGUCUUUAAUAAUAACUGAUUCGAUUGAAAAUGGCGACAAAAAAGACAUAAGUGACGUAGAAAUAAAGCAGGAAGAUGAUCAGGAUAAAUUUAUCAAGCCGAGGUAUUUAUUGAAUCCUGAAGUAAUGUCUGUUCCCUAUGGCCCGAGCGAAGAAGCUCCUGCAAAUAGUAAAGGUUUGAGUAUUAAAUAUUCUGAAGAAUAUGGACGUCAUCUAGUAGCCAAUCAACACUUUAAACCGGGAGAAAUUCUUACCGUUGAGAAGCCUUAUUGCUGGGUUAUCUAUCGUGACAAGUUUUACACACACUGUCAUCACUGUCUGGAGAAAAGCAGCUGCUUGAUACCGUGCUCUCAGUGCCCAAUAGCGCAGUACUGCUCGGAAAAAUGCCGCUCAGCAAGCUGGAAACUCGCUCACCAUAUCGAGUGCCCGGUUGUCAAUGUCCUGUUGAACCUCUUGAAUGUUGAGGAAGAUAAAAUUCGUAUGGUUAUGAAAAUAAUCCGGUUGAUGAUUACUGUAACAUCUGGGGGGAAAAAUAUAGAUGAUUUGCGUAAAGAUAUGGCGAUUGCUGAAGCUAAUCUGGACAACAGAACAGCGGGGUUCACUGAUGCCGGUUGUUUAGAGAGUACAAGCGCGAGAUCUGCAUUAAGUCUUGCCACAAAUAUGACAACUCGCCCGCUAAUUGGCAUCAGUGCAUUUGCUUGUAUUUCGGCACUCACUGCUAUGUUAUUAGCCACACAAACUAAAUUCUUUGGUAAAAAGUACCAGCUAGCUGAGCUCAAAGAUGUUGAUAAAGUACCGGAUAUUAAAUUUUGUGGAAGUAUUAUGCUGAGAGCUUGUGUUAUUACUUCAUCUAAUUGUUUUUCAAUACAACCAGAACCAGGCAUAAAAGUUGGAUCAGGUCUGUAUGUAGCUCAUAGUUUAUACAACCACUCGUGUGCUCCAAAUACCUUCCGACACUUUGAAGGCCUGACGAUGAUAACACGUGCAAUGCAACCAUUAAAUCCAGGCGAGCAAGUAUUUACAGGGUACGGCGCUGAUUACUCGUACAUGCCUUUAGCCAAACGUAAAGAAAAAUUGAUGGAAGAGUAUUACUUUGAUUGCCAGUGUCCGGCCUGCGUUAAUGACUGGCCAACGUAUGCUACCAUUCUUGAAAAGCACGUGGGCUCCAUCAGGAAAAAUAAGCAAUUGGUCGAUCGGCUGAAACCAUACAAACAAAGAUUAUUAAACAACAAGUACGACAUUGAAGCUGUUAAACAAGUACUUGAAAUUCUUUACAGCGAACCGACGGUAGCGAAACCAUGUGAAGAAAUUCUUCACGCGGUACAAUAUCUCAGGUGUUAUUAUUUAGGUAAAUUACACAAGAGUAAAUAG